AAGACACAAAAAUAAUUUAUUGAACUGCGAGUGGACCUAAAUCCAAAUGCGCAUUGUCUUAGGUCACAGUGUGUCAGAUGGCCCUAUAUUUACAGGUUUAUUCUACGAAUCUAAAAGUGUGUUUGCAGUUAACCUCCAGACACACACACACACACUCUCUGUUCCCUGUUGUCUUAAGAACAACUUUGAAUAAAUGCUGAUCUCAGCGCUGAGCUUACACUUUCAUUUCUCUAAAAUAAAGAAGCAGAUGAUUCAUUUUCCAGGUAUUUGGUGGUAGUUUCUUUUGAUUUUCAUUCUGAAAAGAAUCCUUUUGUUUGUCCUCCGUGCCCCUAAAGACUUCCUGGUGUAAAAGAGGAACAAGAUGUUUCCAAGAGAGAACUUUCUAGGGAAAGAGUAAAAAAACUGAAAGACUGAAGACACUAUCAGCAUUUUUGAAAGUUGUUUUAAAGGGUUGCAGUAAAUCACAUUGUAAUGAAGAUGAACAUGAUAUAUUGAGUAUAAAUCAUGUAUAUUUAGUAAAGACUAUAUUCACUAACUAAACACCGACAAACAGCCCAACUGACAUAAAAUCACCUGAAUCUGCUUUUUCCUUUUACUUUAUAUUCCUUCAAAAUGAUGCAAACUGUUUAUCACGCUCUAAUCUGAAAUAUUAUGCUGGUUAUUUAUUCUUCAAAUACUGUGUGUCUUAGAAAGUGUUCAAUUACAAAGCUGCAGUGAGUUCUAAUGUGAAUGAUUUGUAAAAUGGGAACGACCAUCAUGACACUGGUGGUAAGAUCCCGCCCACUUUCACGCAUCGGUGACUAUAAGGACCAGACCUUCUCUUCAGGAAGAAAGUCUGAAGAACAGUUUGGCUGAAUCAGAAGUCCUGACAGGUGGAUACAGACGUCUCUGGAGAUGUUUCGCCUCUUGGCCCCCGCCACUCUCCUCCUCCUAUCCAUCGUUCCCACGGUAACCGAAGUGGUGAGGUCCAUAUCAGAGUGCAACGAGUACUUCCUUGAUGGUGCUGCACCAAACAUCCCGGAUAUCCUGGUGGGAGGGAAGAUCCUGGACCAGAACAGAUACAAAGCCAUCUGCCAGACUUGGAACGACACAAGGUGUUUUGUGACGCUUUACGACACAGAGAACAAGAUCCCGGUGUUUUCAGCCUACAAAUACCAAGGGGCAAAUACAACUGGGAGGCCCCGCGGAUGGAAAAUAGAACCACAGCUUGAGAACGAAAGUGGCAGCAAGAACAUGGAGAAAUCCAGUAAUGAAACUUACAUCCAUCAGGCAGCAGAUGAGGAUUACAAACACCAAACACGGUUAAACAGAGGACAUUUAUUACCAUGCUCCUACGGAUCGACAUGGGAUGAUAAGGUGUCUACCUGCACCCUAACCAACGCUGUUCCACAAGUAGUCUCAUUCAACGGGGGAAGUUGGAGCAGAAUGGAGACAUGUGUCAAAUGUGUUCUGGAAAAGUACUGUAAGAAUAACAACAAUAAAAUAGAGGGCUAUUUGGUAACUGGAGCACAGCCUGGCAACAGAAAGAUGAAUAACAGGGUGAAUGUUCCUCUCAUGAUGUGGUCAGCAUUCUGCUGCUACAGUCACAGUGAAGGCAAGUGGCUGGCAAGUGCACACUGGGGCCGAAAUGUGGAAGAAAAGGUGAACGAAAAACAUCUUGAAACAAAGACCUUGGACGAGCUGUAUCACAAACUGCGAGGAGCUCAAAUCUUUCCUACACCACAAUACAACUGUCCUCUCACCACAAGAGUCUCUCACUUGUACCCAAAUCUUGCAAACAAUUGCACCUGCCCUCCACACAUUUCAACUACUUCUGCCCCGUCCACAACUACUGCCCCAACUACUUCAACUGAACCGUCAACUUCCUCGACUUCCACAUCUCUUUCUCCUCCCACCACAUCUGGCCCUCUUAGUACAUCACCUCCUCCCACCACAUCUGGUCUUAUUAGUACAUCACCUCCUCCCACCACAUCUGCUCCUCUUAGUACAUCACCUCCUCCCACCACAUCUGGUCUUAUUAGUACAUCACCUCCUCCCACCACAUCUGGCCCUCUUAGUACAUCACCUCCUCCCACCACAUCUGCUCCUCUUAGUACAUCACCUCCUCCCACCACAUCUGGUCUUCUUAGUACAUCACCUCCUCCCACCACAUCUGGCCCUCUUAGUACAUCACCUCCUCCCACCACAUCUGGUCUUCUUAGUACAUCACCUCCUCCCACCACAUCUGGACCUCUUAGUACAUCGCCUCCUCCCACCACAUCUGGACCUCUUAGUACAUCCCCUCCUCCCACCACAUCUGGCCCUCCCACCACAUCUGGACCUCUUAGUACAUCACCUCCUCCCACCACAUCUGGACCUCUGAGUACAUCACCUCCUCCCACCACAUCUGGUCUUCUUAGUACAUCACCUCCUCCCACCACAUCUGGUCUUCUUAGUACAUCACCUCCUCCCACCACAUCUGGACCUCUUAGUACAUCGCCUCCUCCCACCACAUCUGGACCUCUUAGUACAUCACCUCCUCCCACCACAUCUGGACCUCUGAGUACAUCACCUCCUCCCACCACAUCUGGUCUUCUUAGUACAUCACCUCCUCCCACCACAUCUGGUCUUCUUAGUACAUCACCUCCUCCCACCACAUCUGGACCUCUUAGUACAUCGCCUCCUCCCACCACAUCUGGACCUCUUAGUACAUCCCCUCCUCCCACCACAUCUGGCCCUCCCACCACAUCUGGACCUCUUAGUACAUCACCUCCUCCCACCACAUCUGGACCUCUUAGUACAUCACCUCCUCCCACCACAUCUGGUCCUCUUAGUACAUCACCUCCUCCCACCACAUCUGGUCCUCUUAGUACAUCACCUCCUCCCACCACAUCUGGUCCUCUUAGUACAUCACCUCCUCCCACCACAUCUGGUUCUCUUAGUACAUCACAUCUUCCCACCACACCUGGUCCUUUUAGCACCACAUCUGGCCCUCCCACCACAUCUGGUCCCACUUCAACUACUCCUGCCCCGUCCACAACCACUGCCACAACUACUUACACUACACCAACCAAGAGCACCACAACUAAAAAGAAAAACGAUGACAACAAAAAUGAAAAUGAUGGGAACACAGGAGAUCCAAUACAAUCAUCAAACUCUUUAUUCAACAUGUUGGCUAAUGGGGUUACAGCUGCAUUUUUAGGAUUGGUAGCAGCUUUGUCUGCUGCUGCCAGAACACUGGGAGGAUUAGCGAAUGCAUUCAUCCCUGUGGUGGCAUCACCCCCCAGGGUUGUUGCACCCACAGCUACGACACAAACAGUUAUCAUCUCUGAGGAGAGAACUACCAAACCUCCUCCAGCCACACUAAUAGUUGCCACUGUGGCUCAAAGUGCGCACUCCACUCCAAGGGGAAAUACCAUCAGUUCAAAAUCAACUCAUCCUCAACUUACAGUAGCAUCCACCUCAACUCCCCCUGCACAAUUCACUAGAAGUGAACCGUCAACUUCCCCACCUUACACACCUCCAUCUCCUCUCACCACACCUGGCACUCUUAGUACAUCACCUCCUCCCACCACAUCUGAUCCUUUUAGUACAUCUCGUCCUCCUUCUACCACAUCUGGUCCUUUUAGUAGGACAUCUGUCCCUCUUAGUACAUCACAGUCUCCUCUUACCACAUCUGGCCCUAGUACAUCUCGUUAUCCACAUCUGGUCCUUCACCACCACCGAUUUCGCUAUUUCUGCCGCGCCGACAAGCGCUGCUACCCCUACUUACGCUACAUCAACCAGAAGCACCACAAAAAACAAAACCAAUAAUGACACGACAAAAAUUAAUUCCACUGCUUCUGCCCCACCCACAACCGCUGCCACAACUUCCCCGGCUUCAACAUCUCUUUCUCCUCCCACCACAUCUAGUCCUCUUAGUACAUCUCGU